UUUUGAUUGUUUGAAUUAUUCGGAUUUCUAAUACUGAUCUAUUCUGGAUAUAAUUUCUUACAUAUUAAUACUUCUGUUUAUAAUUUCGUAAUCACUGCUACAAUAACCAUUAUGAUGUCUUCUUACAUUUAAAAUAACACUAACACAUUCUUUUCUUAUCUUACGCAUAUUACAUUAAGUGAAUAAUCCUAAAAAAAUUUCAGAAAUGGCUUAAGGCAGCAUGAAAAGUUACAUACAGGUGAACGUCCCUUUGAAUGUCCGAUUUGCGGUAAACUCUUCAUCAGAAAGUGGCAUGUUAAGUCUCACGUUCGUGUGUCAAAAAAGGUUUCCCAUAAGACAGCAUGUCGAUGUGCAUAUGCGCGUUCAUACUGGAGAAAAGCCAUUUAAAUGUGAAACCUGUGGACAGGAAUUUACUCAAGAAGGUAACCUGGUGCUUCAUCAAAAAUUACAUACAGGCGAAUGUCCAUUUGAAUGUCCGAUUUGCGGCAAACGUUUUGUCCAGAAAUCAUACUUAAGCAGUCACUUUCGCAUUCAUACCGGAGAAAAACCAUACGAGUGUCAAGGGUGUCAAAAAAGGUUUCCCAAGAAACAGCAUCUUGAUCUACAUAUGCGCGUUCAUACAAGGGAAAAACCGUACGAAUGUAAAAUCUGUUUACGAAGAUAUUCGCAAAGAUCUUCUCUUAAGAAGCACAUUCUCACGUAUACGUAAAAGUGAUAUAAAUACGGAUGUUAAGCAGAAACAUAAAAUUAUUUUGGAUAUUAACGAACUGCAUUUGUAAAUUUUAUUCUUAAAUU